GCUAACUAUGUAUAAAUUUCGUUGCAAAUACUUUGUUGGAAAUAAUAAUUUCAUGUUGUUAGGUCAAAUCUUAUCAAAAUUGGACCAACCUAUUUCACUAAUUCUGUUCCUAAAUUUUGCAACCUCCGACACUGCAAGUUUUCCAUUGUCCAUGUAUAUGAAUUACCAAAAUAGUCCAUUAUCACUUUGGUCCUUUUCUCUUACUCGGUGUAUUCCAAUUGUUAAAAUGUAUAUAUUUAAUUAUGUAUAUUGGAGGCUAAAUUGUUAAUCCUGCGUCUACCUGGGAAUUAUUUUGGUUCCCUGUGGCGUUAAACCUUCUAUCCCCGUGUUGGCCCCUUUCUCGCUUUAAACUAUAUUGAUUGCUCCGUGAGCUCGAAUCUGAUGUUCCAUCAUGAUCCCUCUCUUUCUUUUAGUUUGUAUUGUUUUCAUCACUGUUGGCUUGUUUGACAGUGUUUUGAUGUUGAUGUCCAUCCCGGUCCGUCUUUUGAUGCUGGAAUAUCACCAUAUGAUUUCAAUAAGGAUGCUGAGUUACUGAUGGAACUGGCUAAUCGGGCUAUCCAGGAAUAUAAUGAGAAAGAGUGCAAUGUAUGCUCCAGACUUUAGUUUUUCUUUGUGGAUUGAUUUCCUCUUCUGGUGAUAAUUGGCGACUAACCUUGCAGGUUUUCAAGUACAAGGUGUUGAAGAUUCAGAAAGUGAAUUUGAUGGUGACAUCAUACUAUGAAUAUUGGAUGACUGUGAAAGUCUUAAAUCUCACUCUUGGCACUCCUAUCGAAACUUUUCAAAUCCAUGCUGGUAAACAUUGCCGUAAUGAUGAUGCUAAAGUUAUCUAUUGUUGCCAGCCUAAAGAAGAGGCGGUUGUUGGUUUGGUAAGUUGCGUGGAGAGGCACGUCAGGGAGGAGAGGAGGCGCUUGAAGUAUUGUUUUAAGUUAUGUUACUUUGGUCUUGUUUGAGAUUUUAUCAUUUGUAGUUUAAGUGCUUUACUUUGGCAGAUCUGACCCCUUUGUUUAUUGGAGUAUCUGAUAUAUUAUUCGUUGGACUAUAGUUUUUUAAACUUAGUUAGUACUUGUUGAGACCAUUUUAAUCUGUGUAGUUAUAACCCCUUUACUUUGAGAAGUGAUCUCUCAUCUUUGUUAAUUGAAGUAUUUGAUAAUCUAAC